AUGGAAGACCGAGAGUAUUUAGAAAUUAUGGAGAAAAUGUGCCACAAGGACAGCACUGGACAUUGGUCAACUCCACUCCCACUGAAGUCAAAUAGAACUAAGCUUCCCAACAACAGAGCACAAGUACUAAAGAGAACCUUUUCACUGCUUGUGUCGUUUAAACGUGAUCCUGUGAAGAAGGACUUGACCAUAAAAUUUAUGGAAAACCUGUUUAAUCUUGGAUUUGCUGAGGAAGCCCCCGAAGUUCCAGAGGUAGAAGAGUGUUGGUACCUUCCUAUCUUUCCGGUAUUCAAUCCAAAGAAACCAAACAAAAUCCGUAUGGUUUUCGACUCGUCCAUUACUUACCAAGGACAAUCACUGAAUUCCUCAUUACUUCGGGGACCUGAUCUUACUAACAAUCUUUUAUAUGUCCGUUUACGUUUCCGCAAGGAACGCGUAGCAAUCACAGGGGAUAUAGAACAGAUGUUCCAUAUGUUUCACUUAGACGAAGAACAUACAAACUUUGUCCGCUUUAUUUGGUUUGGAAACAAUGACCCAGUAAAGCCUCUAAGAAACUACAGAAUGUGUGUGCACCUCUUUGGAAAUUCCCCUUCACCAUCAGUAGCAACAUAUUGUCUUCAUAGAUGUGUAGAAGAACCAUGUGACAGUGAAGUGAAAUAUUAUGUGACUAGAAACUUUUACGUCGAUGAUGGACUGUCAUCCUAUGAUUCAGACAUUGAAGCCCUAGACGUCUUACUACAAACACAAAAAAUACUCAGGGAGAGAGGUAAAAUCAGAUUCCAUAAGUUUGCCUUCAAUAGUCAGAUCGUCGUGGAUGCUUUGUCACCUGGGGACAGGGCUGGAGAUCUUAGUGACGUACAAUUAGAUCUAAAUACUAUACCAUCACAGAGUAGUCUGGGCCUGAAGUGGAACAUAUCGUCAGAUACUUUUACCUUCUCUACGGAUCUCAAAUAUGUACCAGAAACAAAACGAGACAUUCUAUCUUAUUUGCAUAGUCUGUAUGAUCCAAUAGGUUUUCUAUCACCAGUCAUUCUAUCAGGAAAAUUCAUUUUCCGUGACAUAACACAGUUAGAACUCGGAUGGGACGAGCUGCUACACAAGGACAUCAUCUUGCGCUGGCGGACAUGGCAAAGUUCUCUCCAUCACUUGUCUGAAGUAGAAAUACCUCGACGUUAUGUUCCAACAUCCAUUAAAAAUGCAGAAAGGAUUGAGCUCCAUACCUUUGCAGAUGCUUCUGAAAAGGCCAUAUCAGCUGUCACGUACAUCUAA